AUGUGGGAAUACUUCUCCGACAAGACCAUUCUCAUCACCGGAGGCACCGGCUUCCUGGGCACGGCGCUAGUCUGUCGACUGGUGUCGCAGACCCGCCCCAAACAAAUAUAUCUUCUCUGCCGCGGAGGCAAGGACCGCGCCAUCGAAAGAUGGACCGAAAACCUGCCCAGCUCCCUCGCGCAAACCCUCACCAGCUGCCCCUUCAUCACCUACCUAGACGGCAACAUCAAACAGCCCUCCCUGGGCCUCGUAAACCAAGACCCCCCAACCCACAACCUCACACACCUCAUCCCAGUCCUAGAAAUCAUAAUCCACGCCGCCUCCUCCAUCAACCUCGUAGACCCACUCCCCAAGCUCUCCCCCAACAUCAUCGGCGCCACUGAACGCCUCGCGCACAUCGCCCUGGCGUGUCCCCGCUUGCAACGCUUCAUCUACAUCUCCACAGCCUACGCCAACAGCCACCUGUACAACACCUCGCCCACGCGGUCCCCGGACAUCACCAUCAAAGAAACACUCUACCCCGUCUCCUCCACCCCAGCCCUGACAACCUGGACCCAGCUCCAGACCACACACACAACACCCGAAUACUCCCCGCACACCUUCCCCUGGCCCUACGCGUACGCCAAACACCUCUCCGAGCGCGUCUUCCUCUCCAUCUUCACGCACUCCGGGCUCGAAAAAACCCACCUUCUCAUCAUCCGCCCCUCCAUCUUCGGCCCCGCCCAACAGCUCCCCUACCGGGGCUACAGCGUACCCCUCGCAACCCCGCUAACCGCCCUCGCCGCAAUGAUCGCCAUCACCCCCAGCAUCUACUUCCAGGCCGCGACGCGAUCGCGCAACCCGGACGCAGAGGUCACAGCCGACGAGGUACCCGUGGACGUGGUGGUGGAUCGGACGCUGUUCCACAUCGCGCAUGGAAGCAGCGGGUUCGUGCACGCGGUGUGUGGCGAGCGGGGACGGUAUCGGUUCAAGGAUCUCUGGGAGGAGGGGAUGGCGGCACGGAGGAUUCCUUGGCGGUUGAGGCUAGUGUGGUCGGAUCUGGAUUGGCAUUCGCCCCGGUUGCAUUCUAUCGCGAGGUUUUAUGUGCUGUUUGGGCCGUCGUUUCGGUUCGGGGAGGAGAGGACGGAGAGGUUGUGGGAGGGGAUGCGGGAGGAGGAGAGGACGGGUUCGGGUUUGGUGCUGUUUAAGGAUCCAGGGAGGGGGUUUGAGUUGGUGUCUAGGAGGGGGGAGAUGAGGGUUUGUGCGAGGGCGUUUGCGCAGUUUUUGGGGCUGCCGAAGUGGUUGCUUUGA